UCGAAUAACCUUUUGAAUACCGAAUCUUCCAACGUUGCAUCUUCGAGUCAUGUUAGCUCUCAAGCUGUCGUCACGACUGCACCUAAAGCUAAUCCAAAGUCCUCCACAACUCAGGUACUCGCUUUUCUGGGCCGCGGGACAUUUGGGCAAGUUGUGAAGUGUCGUUGUCAAUCUACCCGUCGCUGUGUGGCCAUUAAAAUAUUGAAGAAUCUUCCCCAACAGGACACCGAGUCCCAUAACAUUGUUCGUGCUAUUGAGUGCUUUCAGCACAGAAACCACAUGUGCUUCGUGUUUGAACUUCUUGAGCAAAACCUUUAUGAGUAUCUUAAAUCCAACAAAUUCAGACCCCUCUCUCUCCCGGAAAUACGCCCAAUUGCACAGCAGGUGCUUACUGCACUCUCCAAACUCAAGUCAUUGGGUUUGAUACAUGCCGAUUUGAAACCCGAGAACAUAAUGCUUGUUUCUUCGACUAACGGUAAUACAUAUCUACAGUCUCGCUACUACCGCGCACCUGAAAUCCUUCUGGGACUGCCUUUUAAUGAGUCAAUCGACAUGUGGUCUUUGGGAUGUGUCAUUGCUGAACUGUUCCUUGGCUGGCCUCUUUAUCCGGGGUCUUCAGAGUAUGAUCAGGUAAGUCGCAUUCAUAUCCAUUACCUACGCGGUGAACCCCAUAGUCACGGAGGCUGCUGUUCAAUGUCGGAAACCAGAAAGCUAAGGCCCGGGACUUGGAGUGACGAACCACUGAAGGCUACACUAGGUUAUGCUGGGUGUUGA